GCUGUUCUUCCGAACUCCAAUUCCCUUGUAUCAAGAGCUAAGCUUUUUAGCUGGACAGAGAACCCGACUGUGGCAGUGUCUUCUCUACGGAAAAUCUGAAGAAUACUCCUAAACUUUGUAUUUCUGAAGGAUUCUGCUUCUCAAGACGUAAACGUCAAAGUUUGCCCAUUCUGGACUUUCAAAUAUACUUGUUGUUUAUUUAUUUAGCUAUUAAAUCAUUAGCUAGCUAGGCAAAGUCUACGUUUUCUCUCAACUGGACACAUCAAGGAUAAUAUCGGUUGCAAUGCAAGUCGUUUAAUUUCAGAAAAUACUCAAGCAAAGGAUAUCUCUGGUGAUUAUCUAUUUCACUUAUGCAUUUUGCACAUCAUUAACUAAAUAGUAUUUUUAUGAAAUUCUUCGGACAUUUGUCAAACUAGCAACGAAUUGUGAGACAUCGCUUCCACGUCGUAUCGGAAACUCCAACUCCUUUCAUUCACUGUUGUGAAUACAGUUUUCUGGAAUAUUUGAGUUUUGCUAGUAGCUAAACGUAUUUUAAUUUGAACACAGUCGUUAUUUAAAUUUACUAAAAUGAUGCGGCUGCCCAAAGGCGUUUCUCCUGCGUCUGGCCGAGGUGCUGUAGGAGGAGGACUGUCGUGUUCACAGAAUAAAGUUUUGUCUGGAGUGAAGACAGAAUUCUUCAGCACCGGGUUAUGCAGUUCACCGAUGAACUCGGUACCGGCAGGAUACUUCACCCAAAUCUGCAACACGACAGCGGCCGAACAAAGGGUGAACUGCCUCUAUGCAACUCCCCAUGGACCUGAAGCUAAACCCAUCAGAUCAUCCUCCGGCAGACUCCCGGCCAAGAGGAAGCUGGACCUGGAGGACCCUCUCUACCUCCCAGACUUCAGGACCCCCAAAGGAAAGGGGGUUGUGGCCACAGCCAGAAUCCCUAGUCCCAAAACGCCCAAGUCCCCCGGUGAGCGGACGCGCUACGACACCUCCCUGGGUCUGCUGACCAAGAAGUUUGUUGGCCUGCUGAGCGAGUCACCUGACGGCGUGCUGGACCUCAACUGGGCCACCGAGGUCCUCGAGGUGCAGAAGAGACGCAUCUAUGACAUCACCAACGUGCUGGAGGGCGUGCAGCUGAUCCGCAAGAAGUCCAAGAACAACAUCCAGUGGAUGGUGGGUGGCGUGUUCGAGGGCUCGGCCAGCAGCAGGGAGAAGUCUCGCGCCCUGAGGAAGGAGCUGGGAGAGCUGGAGAGGGCCGAGAAGGCCCUUGAAGACCUGAUCACGUCCAGCAGCACCCAGCUCAAGGAGUUGACCGAACACGGGGACAACCAGGGACAACUAGGUUACGUCACCUACCAGGACAUCAGGUCUAUAGCCAGCCUGCAGGACCAGACGGUCAUCGCCGUCAAGGCCCCGUCAGAAACCAAGCUGGAAGUGCCGGAGUCCUCGGAGGGCUCCCAACAGAUCUACCUGAAAAGUAAGAACGGGCCCAUUGAGGUGUACCUCUGUCCCGAGGAGGGCCUGGAGGAUGCCAGCCCCGUCAAGAACACCACCACCCCCAGGAAAGACGACCCUCAUCACCCCCUGGGUCACAUUGCCACCCCCUCCCUCGCCAUGGCACCACCACCGUACACCACUAUCAAACAGGAGCCCCAAUACACUGACGUCAAGCAGGAGCCCAUGGAAGCUGAACUCUCCAGACCUGCACCAGUAUCCCUCCCCAACACCACCAACCCCACCACCCUCCUGGACGUAGAGGGCCUCCUGGGCCUGCCCCCCAGCUUGCUCCAGAUGACCGAGGACCAGCUCCCGGGCCCCGGGUUCACCCCCGAUCCCAACGCCCCCUUCGUCAGCUUCUCGCCGCACCUCGACCACGACGACUACCUCUGGGGGCUGGAGGAUGGCGAGGGCGUGUCUGACUUCUUCGACACCUACGACCUAGGAGACUUGCUCCAGAGCUGAGGGAGGGAGAGGGCGGAUGGGAUUAUAGCCUAGUUACGACCACGUUGCUUGACCUUAAGCAACUCUGAGCCCUAGUUAUAAUAGCUAGGGCUCAGAAUAUAUGUAAUAUAAGGCUAUAACUGGUCAAGGGGAAAACUCCUGUCCCUAUUCAUGAAGGAGUAGUGUCCUCUGUAGAGGUAUGGGGUGAAGGGGAAAUGUUACACUAUGAAGCCAACAACCUUUGCUUUAGCCAUGUCUGUUCCGCGUUAAUGAUUUGUCUAAAACGGGCCCCUUGUGUCUGUUCAUUUGUAUAUACAUGUGUAUAGUUUUUGAGUUUGGAUUUAGGUUAGUGCCUGGAUUGAUAGUGGUGUGUGUGUUUUGUGUGCGCUGUGUGUGUCCAGCUUAUGAAGCUCUCAGCGUUGUGGUUUGUGUGUUUGUAUAGUGGACAGUUUGUUGUCCAUCUCGUUUCUAUUCUGUGUGCUGUGAAAAAUGCUAUUUUUUUUUUUAUGCAUAUCUGAUGACCAGCAAAAAAAAUCGACUCGGGCAUUUUGGGUUGGGGGUGUUGUUAAUAACUCUCAGGAUUUCUUUAUGACUUCAAAAGUCUAAAUGUUUAUACUGCGCAUCUUUGGCCAUUAGGGGGCAGCAUUGUAUUAUGUCAGCUGUAACUUGCCAGCUUUAGAAGGUUGAAUCACUCACUGUAUGUUUUAAAAACCGAAGUGAAACGGGGAGGUACUACUGAACGUCGCCAAUAAAGAACAUAGAUUUCAUUUGUCCGCUGCAAAACCUAUUCAAAUAUUUUGCCCCACUGAUCACGACCCAGGUACCAAACAUGGAGUCUGUGGCGCUAACUUAACGUGACGGUUCAACGAGGUGUUAGGAAGUAUGGUUAGAGUGUAGUUGUUCCGGUAUUCCCAAGACAUCUGUUUUACAUUGGGGGACCAGACCUGGUCACCACAUCGAGCCUCAAGCUUUAUGGAAGGUCAGGGUGGUGAAGUAUUCUGGGGGGGCGUAGUCAAGUGUCUUUUUUUUGGUGACCUGAUAUUAUCGAUCGACAUAGUGAUCCCUAGUCUAUAUGUGACUGGCUAGAGUAUCACGCUUUGCUCUUGUGAAUCGGCAGCUAGGUUUCACAUCGGGAAGCUUCUCUAUUAAGAUGCAUUUGAUAGUGUUUCUGAAGUAUCUAGAAUUCGUAGUAAUAAAUGACCUUAUAUUUCCAAGGAAAUAAUCUAGUGAGGAUGAUAAUACGCCACAACAUCUGGGUGUUUUUGACUUAGGCAGUAAUUAAAAUGAACUAGAGGGCAAUUUUAAUUUCCCACUUCUUUUGAAACUAGAUGAAGUCUUUGAUUUAAAUGGUGGUUUGUGUGUUGUUGAAACGCUCGCCAUGCACCCAUAAUAGGAAACAAAGAGCACUUUGUCUUUUCCUGUUUUUAUAUAGAUAUUUUUUUUAAAUGAAGGCUCGGCCCCACGUGUGUGGUACUUUAAACCUGGGAGACUGAGCCGAAAUUACACGCCAAGGUCAAAUUUCUCCCUCGUGUCUUUUAGACUGGGCUGUGUUCGCACCGAACUGAACAAAACACAUCUCAAGAUGUUUUUUGAGCAUGAAUUCCGUGUGGUGCAUUUUCUGCCUCUUCCCCAAUGCGGGUUAAGUCAAUUGUCCUGUCCUAACAAACUUGAAUAUUUUGUGUGCGUGUGGUUUGUUUGUGUGUGUGUGUGGAAGGUUGGGAAAUGGGUGUUUUUAAAAAAAGUUGUAGAUUUGUAGACAAUUUAAAAAAAAAUGUGUUUAUGUUUUAUUGUGCAUCAUUUUUUUUGUAACUGUACAGAAUUGAAUUUGUAUUUAUAAUUCCUGAAAUCAUUUGUUUUUAAUACUGACCAUUGUAAAAGAGCAAACGUCUCUGUUUGACAUGCGGCACUUAAUAUUUUGUAUUAUUGUGGUUGGUUUGAAAAAUAGUAAAGUAUUAAAGCCAUGGUG